UGGCGUCAUUGGCGGUGAAGGGUGGAAGGUCGGGGAGCAGCUGGGUGGGUGUUGGCUGCCGCUGGCGGAGGAGCUGCGGCGACCGCGGCUCGGGAGCGCCCCGCAGCCAUGGAGUUGGAGACGGCGCUGGAGGCCGUGAGGGGGCGCGGCGGGGCCGAGAGCCUCGAGCAGGUCCUGGGCCGGUACAACGAGAAGAAUAGGGCCACUUUCAAAUUUGAUCCUGCAGAUGAGGAGAAAAGAAAGAAACUAUGUGAAGGAAUAUUAAACAUCCUUGAAAAAGAUACCAAAACAUCAUGUCAAGUUGCCUGUCUCGAAGCCCUUCGGAUUCUCUCCAGAGAUAAGAAGGUUUUAGUGCCUGUGACAACAAAGGAAAACAUGCAGAUCCUGAUGAGGCUUGCAAAGCUAGACAUGACAGAAGACUCUUUGGAGGAUGUGUCCAAUUUCCCUGUUAUAGUGGAAGCUUUAAAAUGCCUCUGUAACAUAGUUUUUAAUAGUGCCAUUGCACAAAAGCUCAGUUUGGAACUGAACCUUGCAGCUAUGCUUUGCAAUCUACUGAAAAAAUGCAAGGACCAACAGUUUGUUGAUGACAUUAAAUGUUUUGAUUUGCGCCUUCUCUUCCUCCUGUCACUUCUGCACACAGAUAUUAGGUCGCAGUUGCAUCAUGAGCUGCAAGGGUUGCAGGUUUUGACUGAAGCCUUGGAAAGUUCAUUUAGCAUUAGAUGGACAGACAAGUACAAAGCUGCUGAAGAGCAUGAUGGAUCUCCCUUAUCACUGCAAGAAGCAGAUUGUGCCAUUGAGGCACUCAAAGCUCUCUUUAAUGUGACACUCGACAGUUGGAAUGUCCACAGUGAGAUGAGUUUAGACAAAACAGGUGGAGGAGGACGACCUUCACAGUUGGGAGACCCCGGGCUCAAGUUCCCCCUCCACCUGAGAAGGAAAAGGGAUUUGAACAGAGAUCUACCACUUCUCAGCCCAAUGAUGCUUUCAUUAUUUAUCCACAAUGCAACAGCUUCAACACCAGAGACUGAGAGAACCCCACCUCAGAAUAUCUCCCCCUCAGGAGAAGGGGGAAGUAGUCACCGGUCUCCCACAUCCCAGAAUGAAUCUCAUCAGUUUCGCUAUAUGGCUGCCAUCCUUCGCCACUGCUUAUUAACCAUGGGCCCUACUGAAGACAAAACUGAAGAAUUGCACAGUAAUGCAAUCAACCUUUUAAGCAAUAUUCCAGUUUCUUGUUUGGAUGUUCUCAUUAGUCCAUCAACCCAGGAAGAAACAGUUUUGAAAUAUAAUGGUAUGAAUAUGGAUGCCAUUCAAGUGUUGCUGGAUUUCAUGGAGAAAAGAAUAGACAAGGGAAGCAGCUACAGAGAGGGUCUGACUCCAGUUCUCAGUUUACUAACAGAAUGUUGCCGAGCUCAUCGGAACAUCAGGAAGUUUAUCAAAGCUCAGGUAUUGCCCCCAUUAAGAGAUGUAUCAAAUCGUCCUGAAGUUGGCACAACAGUGAGAAACAAACUUGUGCGCCUUAUGACACAUGUCGACCUUGGAGUAAAGCAAAUUGCUGCAGAAUUCCUUUUUGUCCUUUGUAAGGAGAGAGUUGACAACUUGUUGAAGUAUACAGGCUAUGGUAAUGCAGCAGGACUGCUGGCAGCAAGGGGCCUGUUAGCAGGAGGAAGGGGAGAUCAUUGGUACUCCGAUGAUGAAGAUACAGACACUGAAGAAUAUAAAUCUGCAAAGCCAAACAUUAAUCUUAUCACUGGUCAUGUAGAGGAGCCAAUGCCCAACCCUAUGGAUGAAAUGACAGAAGAACAAAAAGAAUAUGAAGCUAUGAAACUUGUCAACAUGUUUGAUAAACUUUCCAGGGAUGAAGUUAUAAAACCAAUGGGAGUUCGACCGGAUGGCACGAUGACUCCUUUGGAAGAGACAAUCUGCCAGUACCAAACCAAUGAGCAAGACAGUUCAGAUUCAGAUUAAAGCAUUACCUGCUUCACUGUCAAUAUCUCCUUUGAUCAGCAUCUUCCCUCAGAGCCGCGACAUCUUUUAUCUACACAUUGUACCCUCUCAUUAGCCAGCAUCACUUUGUCUUCUUAUUGGGAUAUUUGAAUGAUGGAUCUUGUGGUGUAAUCUCUGCAUUUUUAUUAAUCCAUUUAUAUAGGAACAAAUGAUCAGUUUAUUAAUUGUAAAGAAAAUUGUAUUUCAUUGAGAUGAAAAUAAAAGAUUGCAAUGCAAAAAAAGUAAAUAUUUAUUAAAACUU